AUGGACUCUCUUUACGAGAAUUUGAGGGCGCUACCCCUCUCCAUCUCAAUCCCUCUAACUACCAGCAUCAUCAUCGUCUUGUCCGUCGUCACCAACGUGGUUCGACAAUUAUGGUUUCCCAACCCGCAUCGUCCACCGGUCGUAUUCCACAUCUUCCCCUUGAUCGGCAGCACUGUUCAAUAUGGUAUUGAUCCGUAUGCCUUUUUCUUCGACUGCAGAGAAAAAUACGGAGAUUGUUUUACCUUUAUCCUGCUUGGCAAAUCGACGACUGUCUUUCUUGGACCCAAGGGCAAUGACUUUAUCCUCAACGGCAAACAUGCUGAUUUGAAUGCCGAGGACGUUUAUGGAAAGCUUACGACGCCUGUGUUUGGCGAGGAGGUUGUGUACGACUGCUCCAAUGCACGCUUCAUGGAUCAAAAGAGGCUUCUCAAGCUUGGUCUUACCGCAGAGUCUUUACGGUGCUACAUCCCAAAGUUCGUCAAGGAAGUUGAAGACUACGUCAAAACGUCACCAUACUUCAAGGGCGACACAGGAAUCGUCAACAUCACAGAAGUCAUGGCCGAGAUCACAAUCUACACAGCGUCUGGAUCCCUUCUAGGAAAUGAAGUCCGCUCCAUGUUUGACAGCACGUUUGCAACUCUUUACCGUCAUCUCGAUGACGGCUUCCAGCCUAUCAACUUUGUCAUGCCAGGUCUUCCCCUUCCGCAAAACUUCCGUCGAGAUCACGCACGGAAGGUCAUAGAGAAGCUUUUCAGCGAUAUCAUUGCCAAGCGUCGCGAGACUGGUAAUCAAGGUGACGAGACGGAUAUGGUUUGGACGCUUAUGAAUGCGACGUAUAAGGAUGGUCAACCUCUUCCCGAUCAUCACGCCGCUCGAAUGUUGAUAGCCAUCCUCAUGGGUGGUCAGCAUAACACGGCUGCUAGUGGUGCUUGGCUUCUUCUCAACCUGGCCCAUAAGCCUCAUCUGGUUCAAGAGCUGUACGAUGAACAGGUCCAAGUUCUUGGAUCUCCACAAGAGCCUCUGACAUGGGAGAACUUACAGAAGCUGACUCUCAAUGGCCAAGUCAUCAAGGAAACUCUCCGUCUUCACAGUCCGAUCCACUCAAUCCUUCGACAAGUUAAAUCGCCCAUGCGAGUACCUGGCACUGAAUGGGUAGUGCCUCCAUCCCAUACCCUCCUUGCGUCUCCCGGAACAAUGGCCCGAUCAGAAGAAUUCUUCCCUCGACCUUCGGAAUGGGAUCCUCACCGAUGGGACAAGAUCGAACCACCUGAGAAAACCGCAGAUGAUGGACAGACAGUUGAUUACGGCUUUGGAAUGAUGAGCAAAUCCGUCAGCAGCCCUUAUCUGCCUUUUGGAGCAGGACGACAUCGAUGUGUUGGUGAGAACUAUGCUUACGCACAGCUGGGUGCCAUUAUUGCGACGUUUGUGAGGCUACUUCACAUCGAACAGCCUGAUCCCAAGGCUCCCCUUCCGGCACCGGAUUACUCUUCAAUGUUUUCUCGACCUAUGAACCCUGCUGAGAUCCGAUGGCGUCGACGUGAGAUAAUGGAAUGA